CAACAGGUGCACCUGACUGUCUUAGUUCAAAUGUUCACAGCACUUCUCAAAGUAACUCUGAACCGAAUCAGAAUCUCUGGAAUCAAACUUCACAAAUUGGAUUAAUUACAUUCUUGCAUUAGAUUUUUUUUUUGCUGUUCCAUCCAAUCAGAUCUGAUGUCGGCUUCCAACGAUCUCAGCAGCAUUCUCACUGAUGCCAACUGGACCAUGUACCAGACUGGCACUAUGGAGCAUCCAUUAACCCCACCAGUUACAGCUCUCCCAGUCAUGAGGGAUCCACAGCUAACCAACAUACAAUUUACAAGUGAUUUCCUGGUGCCCCUUAAGUGGUACCAGUUGGCCCCUCAGUGCUGGACCAAACAGAACGUUCUGGAGUGGAUCAGCUACAAUAUUGAAGAGAGCAAGUUUGACGCCAGCAUGUUGAGCAUGGCCAGCUGUUCUAUGGAUGGCUCCAUUCUGUGCCAACUCUCCCGCGAAACGCUACUGUCCAUGUUUGGACCCCUGGGAGAGAGGAUGUACCACAGCCUCCAGGACCAAAAGGCCAAAUCCGGCGUGGAUGACCUGAGCACAACGUAUGACUUGCUCAACAACUUACUUGAUGACUUCCCAGAAUUCCUGACCAUGUCUGGAGGUGAUGACUUCAAACUCCUGAGCACCGUCAUCGUCAAUGGAGAGGAGAAAGCCAACGACUUUGGUAUCAGUGGGGACAAAGUGAACACGGGCGGAGGUUUGACACCCUCCAGCGAUAAUGGCUAUGAAUCCGGGUCCACCUCCCCCGACAGCCUGGACAGCUCAAACUCAAGAAUGUUGAGCUUCCUGAAUCCCAGUUCCCCUGAAUAUGGAGGAAGUGACUCUGACGCAGAGCUCUCGAAUCUGCACUUCCCUCUCAGUGCAAAGGAACUCAAGGUGGAGGAAGAGGAGUUUAAGCCAUGUAAGAGGAGCAGGGGGAGGCCCAGGAAACUCAGCCGUGGCUCCGAAUACUUCAUCGAGGCCAAGAAAAACAAGCACACCCCAAGAGGUUCACACCUGUGGGAGUUCAUCCGGGAUAUCCUGAUCCACCCAGAGCAGAACAACGGGCUGAUGAGGUGGGAGGACCGGCGAGAGGGAGUCUUCAAGUUCCUGAAGUCAGAGGCUGUGGCCCAGCUGUGGGGACAGAGGAAGAAGAACAGCAGCAUGACCUAUGAGAAGCUCAGCCGUGCCAUGAGGUACUACUACAAAAGGGAGAUCCUGGAGCGGGUGGAUGGCCGACGGCUUGUGUACAAGUUUGGGAAGAACUCGAGCGGGUGGAAGUUGGGAGAGAUGGCCGUUGCAAUGUGAAGUGGAUGCACGGAUGUGAGGAAGUAAUGCAAUCAUGAGAAGGAGUCCUGGAUAGACACGGACACAAAACGGCGCUAAAGAUGGCACUGAACUCCAUCCAAAAGGCCAAAGACACACAGACCCAUUGCUUAUAUCCCUUCACUACUGGGGGUGGUGUUUGCAGAAUGAAGUAAGCCAUUUUUGGCUAAAGUAGGUUGUAUGAACCAAUUAUGAAGUUUCAUUAUUAUUAUUUCUUUUCAAUAUUCUUUGUGGAGGAAACUCUUAUUUUGUGAGUCUAAUCCUUGUUGGCAGAACCUUCUGAGCCCAAAUGGCAUGCUGGCAUGUCUAUAUCUGCUUUGGUGAUCUACAGAAUUUGUCUGCACAUAUUUUGCACAUAUUUUGCUCUGCACACAGUGAUGCCAAUAGCUCAGGUUCCAGCUUUCUUGCAGAAUGAGAGUCAGGAGUUGUCAGAAAAGCACAUCAGGAAAUGAUGUGCCUUUCAAAGCUGAAAAUCCAGUGGUAGCAAAUUGCUUGCACUGGUACAGUACCAGUAUAGCAUUGUGAUACCAAUGUUUGUUGAGAUUGGGGGUACCCAUGACAUAUUCUUUUUAUAUUUUUUACUCAACUGAAGUCAUGCUCCAGAAGGCAGGUAGAAACACAUGUACUAAUUCUACCAAUCAUUUAUUUGAUGAUAUGAAGUAGAUCAAUUCAGCAGGGUGUGUGUAUUUUCUUAAUAUGCAAGGUCUCUCUUUUAAAAGAGAUUUUAAUCUCAACGAGAACCUACAUAAAUAAGAUUUAAAAAAUACAUUCUAACUAAAAAUAUGUUUUGUAAAUAAGGACAUGUUAAAUUUGCUUUUAAAUAAAUUGAUUGUGUUUUAAAUGAUUUUAAAUUAUGUUAUUCAGCUGGUCUGUUGAUUUUAUUCUCUCAAUAUUUUGUUAUGACAGAAGUAAACCUCAAAGUUGUAUUUUUAAGAUAUCUUUAUGUAUAUGUGUGCCAUAUUGUUUUAUACUGUUCAUAUUUUUAAUAAAGGGUAUUUGAGAAAAAUA